GUUUCCUACUGUCGAUUGCAGGUUCAAUCUUUUCCUCGCCUUGCUUCCUCAUACGUCACCAUGGAAAGUCGUGGAUUGACUCUCCGCAGCAAGUCUCGCCGGCCCCGACCCCAGAUCAGCGCUCCGAAGCCCAUCUCCGGCCCUCUUCCGCCCAACAAUACCAGCCCCAGUCCUAGCACUUCGACCAGCACUUCCGCUGUCAGCAAGCCCGCCGUACCCGUCCAUGGGACACUCUCCAGCUCUGCUGCCAAGGAUGCGACAUCCGAUCUAGUCAAGCGACGGUACUCAGCCCGAUUCAAUCAAGUCCCUGACUUUGAUGGCGUGCCGCCAGUGCCCGGACUACCUCCGCUCCCGGCCACGUAUGGAGGAUUGAGCCCUCCUGAAACGAGUCGCCGACCCUCCACCGAAUCGCCAGGUCCGCCACAGGUAGACCUGAACGCUUUGCGAGAUCCCAGUUUGCCCGUUGAUAAAUAUGUGGCCAACCUGCUUGCGAAUGCGUCCGAGGAAGAGAUCGAGGAAUACCAGCGCAGCCUCCGAAAAGUCAAGAACAGAACGUCAACCGAUCUCCAGCAGAAUGUCUACCAGAAUCGCACCCAGUUCAUUAAGAUUAGCAAAGAGGCAGAGAAGCUCAAAGGAGAGAUGCGUACUUUACGGACUUUGAUGGCGGAGCUGACUACUGCACUCGGCCAAACUACAGUCGGCACUACCCCGAAUCCCAUGUCUCCCAUGCCCGAUGAACGAUUGUCUAAGCGCCAUGCCAAUCGCAGCUCGGUCGCAAACCUGGAGAGUAUGUGGAACGUGCAACUGCAAACUUUAUGGAAGACGGUGGAAGGAUCGCAAAAGUUCUUGCCGGUGGUUCCGGGCCGACACAUUGUAAUGGAGAGUGGACAUUGGGUCGAGCUGGACUCGGCAACGUGGAAGCCGCGGCGUCCGGUGCACAUCGUUCUGCUAAACGAUCAUCUGCUGGUGGCAGCCAAGAAGCGCAAGCGCGUGGACCAGAGCAGUCAUCGUGGUCCUGUGCCCACCAAGCUGGUAGCAGAGGAAUGCUGGCCCCUGCAGGACGUGGACAUGAUUGAUCUCGGGGCUAACUUAGGCGCAGGGGUGGCGCGGGAGGAGGCUGAAGAUCGGGGCAUUACCAACGCUAUCAAUGUGCGUGUGGGAGGCAAACCAUUCACCUAUCGGCACGACAAGCGCGACAGUUCUGCCAAGAGCGACCUCUUGGCUACUUUUCGAAAGACGGUCGAGGAUCUCCGCCGCACGCUCCGAUCAGAAACCGAGGCCGCUGGCAAAGCCGCCCCCGAGUCAAUGGGUUAUCGCGGGGUGCGCCACCCAUCCUACUCUCCUCAACCAGAUCGGUCGGACAUCAUGGACAAUGUGCGAGACAAGCCUGAGUUACGCAUUGAUGUAGACGGCAAGCAGCAGAAUCUGCGAUGGGUGGAAGGGCAGGUGGACGAGCUGGACAUUGACAUCGCUCUACAACGGUUUGAGGAUGCCGUGGCCCACAUCGAGCGGUUGCGCAAACUUGCUAGGGGUUUGAAGGGUAAUGCGGUCGCGCAGGACGUGAUCACAACGAAGGUGGAUGAGCGUGCGGCCACCUUGGCCGAGGUCUUGCUGCGAGAGCUAGUGGACACUCACUCAUUUCCCCAAGCCACCAAGACUAAAUCCACAUGGCUGAUGCGUUUGGGCUUCGAAGACCAAGCUCGGGAAGCCUAUCUCAAGGCGAGAUCUGAUAUCGUCUCUAAGCGAAUUAGAGCCUGUGUCUUCGAGGGGGACCUCCCGAUGUAUAUUUUUCAGAUCUCCUAUGUUUACUUUACCCUGAUCAAGAACACGAUCAGCAUUUACCAGCAGUGCUUCCCACCAGUCAUGUCCAGUGCCAGCAUCAAGUGGGCCAAGCAUCACCUCGAUGGCUUCAAUGCGCUCCUCACGCGGCAGCUGAGUAGUGUGCAGCGUGGCACCACAGUGUACCAGAAAUGCCUCGAUAUUGUGCACGACCACGCUAACAUGCUGACUGAAGUGGGAGUUGAUUUCACUGAUCUGGUCGCCAAGGGGCUGGAGGUGGAAGACCUGGCCGAACGUCCGCAGAUGACGCGCUCGGAGUCGUUGAUCUCAGGCUUGGCCGAAGCCGCGGCAGCCGCAUCGCCGGUGAUUUGAUGCUGGGACAUGGGCUUAAUCUGUAGCGUUCAAUUGUUCUUUUAUCACUGCACAUGCCUGUCUUAAGUUACUACAACCGCCUCAGGAGGCUCCGUUGUGUGGCUGUGUGGCUGGACGAUUUAGCUGUCGGAGCUUGCUGCUCUCUGUAAGUUUAUAAUCAUGCAAAUUUGUGCCAAC